AUGAGCAACAAACGUAUCAACAUGGUAUGCUACGCCGAUGAUUCAGCCAUUUUCGCAGAAAACGAGAACGACCUACAAAGACAGCUAUUCAAGUUCUAUCAAGUGUGCCGAGAGUUUAAUAUGACCAUAUCGGUCGAGAAAACAAAAAGCCUGACAAUCACCAGGGAACCAAUCAGCAAGCUCGUAAUUGAAGAUAAGCCCAUAGAACAGGCAAUGCAAUUUAAGUACCUUGGGAUUAACAUGUCUAGCGGCCACGACCCAACAAAAGAUCUAAGGGACCAAAUCAACAAAGCAUCAGCAACUUCAGGCUGCAUUAGAGAGAUUGUCUGGGCCAACGGAUACAUGUGGAAGGACACCGAGAUGAGGGUGCUGAGAUCAAUAGCUGGCAAAACCAGAAGAGACCACGUAAGAAACACCCACAUAAGAGAACAAUGCGACGUACAGGAUAUUGUAAGAUGGGGAAGGCAGAGAAGAAGGCAAUGGUAUAACCACGUCAAGAGGAUGGGCGAAGAUAGAUUACCCCGCAUAGCUCUCGAGGGAAUACCAGAAGGAAGUCCGCCAGGUAGACCGCCGAAGUUUACAUCUCAAGAAUUAUUACAACGGCAAUUGUGGCACGUGAGCAAGUUUGUAAGGGAUGUUUCCAAAAAGGAUUAA